UCAAUGUAAUAAAAAACUUAAACAAAUCGAUUGAAUAAAGAAUUGUAGGACUUCAACGAAAGAUAAAAAAAAGUAAUAUCUUAAUAUUUAUUUUUCUAAGGGAGAAGAUUCGGGAAUUUCAAUUUUGUUAGUUGAUUAAAAUAUUACUCAUUGGAAAGGCUUUAUAAAUGGACCAUCUGAUACUCCUUAUGGCAAUGGUUACUUUCAGGUAGACAUUGUGAUUCCACCAGAAUAUCCAUAUAAACCUCCAAAAAUGAAGUUCGACACUCGUAUUUGGCAUCCAAAUAUCUCUUCGUAAUUUUAAUCACUAUUUCUAGUUAAACAGGAGCUAUUUGUUUGGAUAUAUUAAAAGAUGAGUGGUCACCUGCACUUUCAAUACGUACUGCUUUGCUUUCACUUUAGGCAUUAUUAUGUGAUCCAUAACCAGGUAAUGAAUUUUCUAAAACUUAAAUUAGAUUCCCCAUAAGAUGCUGUAGUAGCCAAUCAAUACAAAACCUAAAAAGAUUUAUUUGUUAAAACAGCAAAGUAUGUAAUUUAAUUAUUUCAUAGAGAAUGGACAUAAAAUUAUGCAUCAAAAAAUAAGUAAGAGGAGAAGGUGUAAAAUUUAGUCAAUUUAGGUUUUGAAGUAGGCAAAGUUAGGGUAAAUAAUAGUAAUUAAGUGAAAUAGGAAGCUCUCCUUAGAUUUGGAUAUGAUGAAGAAUAAGCAGCAAACUUUCUUUUAGGAGGUUGAUU